AUGAACGGCGGCCGCAAGAAGUUCGGCAGUGGGCGGCUGCCGACGGGGACUCCGUCGCUGGCCUGAUCAUCGGUGGUCGUGGUCGUCCCCUCCCUCCUCGCUGGGGCCUCCGUCGUCCACAACGUCUACAAGCCCGACAUGACUAUUCCGCCGGUGGAGAGCGCCGACGGAGGAGGCGGCGGCCAUGACAGCAAGCAGAGCUGAGCUGGUUUCGGGGAAAGCGGAGAUGGAUUAUGUUCCUUUGCAACAAAUGUUCGGCAUUGCAUUGCCAUUUGCGUGCCUCCAGUUUGUGAGCGUAUCUCGUUAUGCUUACCAGAGGAGCACAGCACUCUGCUGCUCGUUACCCACUGUAAUGAAACCA